GGCACGGCGGGCGGCCCCAGGCGGAGGCGGAGCGCUGCCGGCACCUCCGCGUCCCGACGGGCCACGCGCGCUGCUCCUCCGCUCUAUGGUCACCGUAGAGAUCCACGGCGGUGGCGGAUCAAUACUGGGACGGCGGCGGCCGUGGCGCCGUGGGGAACAUGGCGACGCUGGUGCUGGAUAACGGCGCCUACAACGCCAAGAUCGGCUACAGCCACGCGAACGUCAGCGUUAUUCCCAACUGUCAGUUCAGAUCAAAGACUGCACGUUUGAAAACCUUUACAGCAAAUCAACUGGAUGAAAUUAAGGAUCCUUCUGGUCUUUUUUAUAUUCUUCCCUUUCAGAAAGGUUACUUGGUGAACUGGGAUGUCCAGAGACAGGUUUGGGAUUAUCUUUUUGGAAAAGAAAUGUAUCAAGUGGAUUUUGUAGAUACCAAUAUUAUUAUUACCGAACCUUAUUUUAACUUCAGUUCAAUACAAGAAUCUAUGAAUGAAAUUCUAUUUGAAGAAUAUCAAUUUCAAGCGGUUCUUAGAGUAAAUGCUGGAGCUCUUAGUGCACACAGGUAUUUCCGAGAUAAUCCAUCUGAGCUGUGUUGUAUCAUUGUGGAUAGUGGAUACUCUUUUACACACAUUGUACCUUAUUGUAGAAGUAAAAAGAAGAAAGAGGCAAUCAUAAGGAUUAAUGUUGGAGGGAAACUCUUAACCAACCAUUUAAAGGAGAUCAUCUCUUACAGACAGCUACAUGUUAUGGAUGAAACGCAUGUAAUUAAUCAAGUGAAAGAAGAUGUGUGCUAUGUUUCUCAAGACUUUUACAAGGACAUGGACAUUGCCAAAUUGAAAGGAGAGGAAAAUACUGUAAUGGUAGAUUAUGUUUUGCCAGACUUCAGCACAAUCAAAAAAGGAUUUUGUAAGCCGAGGGAAGAGAUGGUGUUAAGUGGAAAAUACAAGACUGGGGAACAAAUACUUCGUCUAACGAAUGAAAGAUUUGCAGUUCCAGAAAUACUCUUCCAUCCUUCGGAUAUUGGUAUUCAAGAGAUGGGAAUUCCUGAAGCCAUUGUUUAUUCUAUUCAGAAUUUACCCGAAGAAAUGCAGCCUCAUUUCUUCAAGAACAUAGUUCUGACUGGAGGAAACACCCUUUUUCCAGGCUUUAGAGAUAGAGUUUAUUCGGAAGUUCGAUGUCUUACUCCAACUGAUUACGAUGUUUCUGUUGUUCUUCCUGAAAACCCUAUUACUUAUUCUUGGGAAGGUGGGAAGCUCAUUUCUGAAAAUGACGAUUUUGAAGACAUGAUAGUAACUAGAGAAGAUUAUGAAGAACAUGGACACAACAUCUGUGAAGAGAAAUUUGAUAUAUAGGUAGCAUAGUUGGAUAUGUUGUUAUUCCAUUGUUUUACUCAGAAUGGAAUUCUUUGAACUACAACCUGUUUUCCAUCAGCUAGGAUUGUGUUUUAGCUUUCCUGUAUUUAAUUGGGUUGGGAAAAAAUAAUUUCAGAGUUUAAAAAUAAAGUUUUACAAGCCUAAUACUAUGAAAUAAUAUGUUACUUGUCAUUUCAUAAUGUUUUCAUCUUUUACUGAUGAGCUUCAUUGUAUUCUUUAUUGCAGAAAACCUCAAUGCAUGAGAUAAUAAAAAUACCAAUUGCUUUUACCAGUGUGACAUUAAUACAUAGUGAGAAGAAAUGGUUUGUUUUUUUUUUUAAACUGAAUAUCAUUCUAAAUCAUACAUGCAAUUAAAUGGACGUUAAACACA